AUGAUUGAUCAUUUAAUAGAAGUAAAUGAUAAGCUAAUAAGAAAAGUAAAAAAAGAAGACUUAAAAAUAAUACAGAGUAGUAAUCGUUACUAUUCUCCAGAGGUUUCAGAAACAGAUGUUGAAUUAAUAGAAAGAAAUAUUGUAAUUAAAGAUCUGAAGUGGAGAUCACAAACUGUAAGUCAAAAGAAGUUGGGUAAGAAAGUAUGGAACAGAGUUUGCAUCAGAAGAAAAUCUACCAAUAAAUGCAUUAAAAUAGACAUUAGCAAUGAAACUGAGAUUGAUGAAGAGGUGAGUGAGAUUGAUGAAGAGGUAAAUGAGGUCGAUGAAGAGGUGAAUAAAGUUGAUGAAGAGGUGAAUGAAGUCGAUGAAGAGUAA